AAGUCGAACCAUUUGCCUUUAACUCGUCCUCGCUCGUGUCACUUACUCUACAAUAUCGUUAUUCUGCUUUGUACGUUUUCCAGUCCUUGAAUAAUACCUUUAAGUUUUUGCCCAAACUCAGAAAAUUGAUAAUAGAAGACAUUUCAAUGUUGCGGUUAACCAACCAAGAUAUUAUUGGAUUUUUUUCGCCGCUUCAUAACUUGCGAGAACUACGUUGUUUUAGCUGUCAGAUAUCAUGGGAUCCCAAAAUUAUCUUGAAUCUAAUGAAACAUUUGGACACUGUUAACUUUCAAUCAAAUAUGAUAUCAAAAUUAAGUAGUGAAACAUUCAAAGAUAAGAAGAAUCUGAGAAAGCUGGAUCUACGGUAUAACCAACUUGGACAUAUAGAUUCUACAGCUUUACCGAUUUCACUUCUUAAUAAGUUGCACCAUUUAGACAUCAGCAAGAAUCCAUUUGUUUGUGACUGUAACCUGGAAUGGUUUAUUGCUUGGUUGCAAUCAACACAUAAACCUUUAACGAUUUUAAGAUACCAAAAGAGAAUGUCAUCCUUGGAACACGUGGAUUUGGGUCGCUAUCAUUGCAUCACCUUGUGCAUUAUCAUCAUAGUUGUAUAUAGGAAUCGAUGGAACAUUAAACAUUAUAUCUAUUUAAUGCGAAAAAGACGAAACUACCAGGUUAUUGAGGGAAAUGAUUUUGUAUAUGACGCUUUUGUUGGUUAUGAAUCCGAGGAUUCAGUCUGGGUACGCCGACUGUUACCAGUACAAGAGGAAGAAAUUGGCCUGAAAUUAUGCAUUCAUGAGAGAGAUUUUCAGCCUGGGUUUGUAAACGACAAUAUUGUCACAAAUAUAGACAAAAGUAGGAAAGUAAUACUUGUUCUUACCAAUGCCUUUGCACGAAGCGGAUGGUGCAUGUUUGAAUUAAAAAUUGCACAUUCUAAACAGAUCGAAGAUGAAACAGAAUUAGUGGUUAUUUUGUUGGAGAAAAUUGAUGGAAGAAAUAUGAAUCAUUCCCUGAAAUGUCUUUUUGAUUCAACAACGUACAUUGAAUGGACAGAGGAUUUGGUUGAUCAGGACUUGUUCUGGGAGCAAUUGAAAACUGUUCUUGUGAAAUGAUUGCGU